AGGUAGUGAAAGUUCGACCAAAUGACAAGGAUGCGAAAAUGAAGUAUCAGGAAUGUAACAAGAUUGUAAAACAGAAGGCUUUUGAGAGAGCCAUUGCCAGCGAUGAGAUAAAAAAAUCUGUUGUGGACUCUCUGGACAUCGAAAGCAUGACCAUUGAGGAUGACUAUGACGGCCCCAAACUUGAGGAUGGGAAGGUCACAGAGACGUUCAUGAAGGACAUGAUGGAUUGGUUCAAAGACCAGAAGAAGCUGCACAGAAAGUGUGCUUAUCAGAUUUUGGUGCAAGUUAAAGAUCUUCUAUCAAAACUACCAAGUCUUGUCGAAAUCACGUUAAAAGAGACAGAGAAGAUAACAAUUUGUGGAGACACCCAUGGACAAUACUACGAUCUUCUCAACAUCUUCAAGUUGAACGGCUUACCCUCAGAGACCAACCCCUAUCUGUUCAACGGCGACUUUGUAGAUCGUGGCUCUUUCUCCCUCGAGGUCAUCCUUACCCUCUUUGGCUUCAAGCUGCUCCACCCCGACAACUUCUUCUUGCUUCGGGGUGAGAGCACUUACAUUGUGCAUGAGUCUAUGGAUGCAUGUGUAGUAGGGGUGUAA